AAUUCGUAUUAUCAAUAUUUUUCUAUUUCUUAAUGUAACCAGUAGAUAUUUGUGUGUUUUAAAAAAUUGGUGAAUGACAAUAACAAAAAUUAUAUAGUGAAAAAUAUUAAAUAGAAAAACAAAAAUUAUAUUGUGAAAAUGGCAAAAUUUUUAGCUACGAUUAAAGCGAUAAUUACGCGACUGGUUUUCGCAUCUCAUGGCUUUAUUGCAAUUUGGCAAGUAACUACGUUUAAAAAGAAUCCACUAUUUUGGUACUUGAGUUGCCCAAUUUUGUUACUGUUUUUCGAAGGAAUUUUUACGCUUACUAUAAAGGAAAAUCAAGAAUGGAAAUGGUUCUGUCCUUCCGUUUUCUUGUAUCUAAGCAGUGUGGUACCGGCGAUAUGGCUUCUGGAAUUAGACAAGGUCGAUAGAAGAAUGAAAACGUUCGAAACGAACGUGAACAUAUCUGAAAAUUUCGAUUUAACCAACCUGGCAGCUGAAGAUUUGAAGCAUUUAGAAAAAGCAUUUGGUGUAAAUAUAAAUCUACCUGACAUAAAAAUAUCGACAGAGACCUGGGUAACUUUGAUCGAACAGUUUCUGAUGUUAAUUCUGAUCAUUGGAAGAUGGAUGUUACCAAAGGGAGAGUUAACCAGAGAUCAAUUAAGUCAAUUAUUAUUGGUUUACAUUGGUACAGCAGCAGACAUCAUUGAAUUUUUCGAUUCCUUUAAAGAAGACCGCAUAGCUCGCGAACCCGUUUUAGUUUAUUUGACUUUAGGAAUUUGGGCGUGGUCCUUGAUGCAAUUUACAGUCGUCCUUACGGCCACAAAGUCCCGAAAAUCUAGACUAUCUUCCGGUAACGCUGUUAAAAAGAGAGCACACACUGAAACUAGUUGCUGCAGCAUUGAUGUAUGGGGAAUUGCAUUGAACAUGCUCCUACAGGAUGGACCAUUCCUUUCAUUCAGAUUGAUUUUAAUCGUCCACUAUCGCAUAGUCAGCUACAUGAACAUUUUCUUCACGUGCAAGAAUACUUUAGUAAUACUGCUGCAACUUUACCGAUUGUACGUUGUGCAGACGGAGAAUCGAAGCAAGAUAAAGAAGAAAUCUGAAAUAUCUAGCAUCAGUAUCAUAUCGAAAGAAGAUAUGUACAAAGAUGUGAAAAGUAAAAGGAUUUCUGAAGAAAGAAGAAAAAGAAGAAGAGACAAAGAUAUAGAGGCUAAUUAUUCAGACAGUGAAGAAACUACGGAAGAAGCAGAUAAAUUUGAUUCCUCUCCUAAAAAUAUUCGUCAUUCCAGAAGAAAAACGCGCCAGGACACCGGAUAUUCCACAUCUAGCUCCAAAAAUUCUGGAAGACAUCGAAAAUCUCAGAGAGGUGAUAGCAAAAAAAGACCUUCACGUGAAGAAAGCACAAAAAUUGAAAUUUCCAGUGAUGAAGACAAACGUAGAAAAAAAAUUGAUAAAAAAUCGUCGGUAAAGAGGGACAGGAAGUUGUCAGAGAGUAUUAAAAUGAAAAAUAGGAACGAGGAUUCUAGUAAAAGUUCGAGCAAAAGCCGGAAGUGCAAAGAAGACAGCGAAGAAGAAUCGACAACAGAAGAAGUAGCUGAUAAAAUAGUUAGUCAAGAAAGUGAAUCAGAAUCAGAAAGAAAAAGGUAUGUUCAUAGGAAGCGACGUCAGAACAGAGACUGACAACGAUGCCUCGGUAUAAUCGCCCUCUUGUUUGUAUACUUUGCGAUCCUCGUUAUUUGCAUGAUUUUUAUAUACGCCGGG